AUGGCACAUCAGGCAAAGCUGGAGAAAGUAGGGCGAGAAGCAUUCGAAAUCGUCGACGAAUACUUUGGACGAAGGGGAAAAAGGUCUUCUCAUCAAGAAACAGUUCAGGCACCACCACAAAAUCGAGUCAAAAAAGCAGCUGGGUCCCAAAACCCCCCUUAUGUGGAAGCACUUGAUUACAAUCAAGUGGCCCAGAUCCAUGGAGGGGUCUGGGUAGAUAAUGUAAGGGAAUGCAUUUCACAAAAGAAGCCUGCUGCAAUUGAAGUUGAUGUCCUUGACAAGCUGAAAGCUGAGAUGUUGCAGCUUUCUGUUCAGCUCCCAGAAAUGGAUAUGCUGUCGGUGCUACUAAGUCAGAUUGAAUUAUGGCAAGUUCGAUGUAAUGAGUUCUUGAGAGGUCCUAUCACUCUGAAGGAACUUGAGGUUGUUCUUCAAGAUGCAGAUAAUUUCACUGUCAACAUUCCGGAAUUGAAGCUUUUAAGGCAGUAUCAUUCUGAUGCUCUGUCCUGGAUUCAUCGUUUUCAUGAAUCUCUUGUAAACAUUCAGGAUCGGGAGGAUUACAACCUGAUUGUUGAGGAACUAACGAGCAUUUUGGAAGCUGGAGAAUUGUUGAGAGUACAUGUUGAUCAGUUGCCCCAUGUCAAGGCAGAAUUAAGGAAGUCUCGCUGCAGAGAAAAAGCAUUUAAGACACUAACUAUUCAAAUGCCACUGGAGUUUAUCCAGGAGCUGAUGAAAGAAGCUGCUUUGUUACAAAUCACAAAAGAGAAAUUGUUCAUGGAUGUUUCUAGAGUACUAGAAGAAGCUAGUUCUUGGGAAGAGAGUGCUAGACAUCUUCUUUGUAGCAUGGGUCAGAUGUCUGAGUUUGAGGAUGCCCUAAGGUUUUCAUUUACUGUGCUUUAGUUCUUGUUACUCACCCUUCUGA